AUGCCCACCCAACAACACCUCAGCACGCAGGCCCAGUCGCAGGCCCAGUCCCAAGGUGCACGAGACGUAGAGACGCACGAACACCACGCGAAAGCCAGUGCAUCGGGGGGGUUGAAUCUCAACCUCCUCGGCGCUCUAUCCGGCGCUCUCACCUCGACGACGAAAAAGACAACGCGCAGCGCGGCUGACGGGUCGCAGGCUGCGACGGAAGAGCGGCGAACGGCUGCAACAGCCAGCGGAGCAGCGCAGGGCCAGGGAAACGCAUAUGCAGCCGCGGACGCCUCGGAAGGCAGCAAGAAGACGAAAGCAAGGGAGCAGACGAAUGCCGUGGCCGAGAGCAAGAAGCUGGAGAAGGUGGAUCAUUUAGGGAUCGAGGGGUGA